GGAGUGUCGGAACUUAGGCGUUGAGAUUCCAAUUUUGGGAGGAAGGAUGAAUGAUUGGUGGUGAUUGGAAGACUCUGUCAUGAAUCCCUCCUCGUCGAUCUCGUCUUCAACUACUUCGUGGUUUUCGAGCAUAGUUCGCGGUCGGUCUGAAAAGCUUGAAAACCCCAAUAUGACGAGCAACGCUACUGCAAGUGAUGGUUGUGGUUCCGUCACUCGCAAGAACCAUUUACGAGGCGUUCUCUUCAAGUAUGGCCCCAAGCCUGCUCAGGUUGCGUUCAAAACAGGAGAGUUCAAACAACAAGUCAUAUUUAUUGGUGGAUUGACUGAUGGUUUUCUGGCAACAGAGUAUUUGCAACCUCUAUCAAUUGCAUUGGAAAAUGAAAAAUGGUCCUUGGUUCAACUGUUGCUUUCAUCUUCUUAUAUUGGAUAUGGCACCUCCAGCUUGAAAGAAGAUGCCCUGGAGCUUGAUCAGCUGAUUGGUUAUUUAAUAAAUAAGGAAAAUUCAGAGGGAGUGGUGUUACUUGGGCAGAGUACUGGCUGUCAGGAUAUCGUGCAUUACCUGCAUACAAAUGCUGCAUGCUCUAGAGCAGUCCGUGCAGCCAUUCUACAGGUACUAUGCGCCUUACAGAAGUUUGUUUUCUUGUUAUUCCAUGUAUAAUGUCUCUGAUAUUCGCAUGCCUAGUGUUAUC